UGCCGUGGAAUGUCACGUGACCUGGAUAUACAAACUCAAUUUUGCAUCUCUCCGCAGUUUCAGUGAUGACAGGAUGAAAUUCGCCAUCGUUACUUGUGAAAAUACCACAAGUAGUGCCACAUUUCUGAUUAAUAACUCAUAUAAGCCUCACCUUUGAUGAAAUUGGUCUGUGGUUCUUUGGACGGAGUGUUCAAUUUAACUUAUAACUGCAUUACAACUUCUAGAACAAUAUAUAUUCAAAGGUGAAGAUGUGACUGGGAUGGACCGAGAGAAGCAACUUCCAUCAUGAAAGAGAAUGAGGAAUCCUCCAUUCCUGGGAGGGUCCUGGUUGAGCCCAUCGAGUUUGUUGACUUGCAGGAGAUUGCCAAGGGGAAGCACGGCAGUCAUCGAGCUAGCCCAGAGAGGGACAUCCCUGUGGUGAAGAGAGGACCCAAGGGUGAGCCAUGUCACCAGGACCACUCAUACAACUGCCUCCAGUUUGCUCUGCAGGAGGACAAAGUUUCACCAAGAAGAGACGGGAGUGUUCACAAAGAGGUAUCUCCUAGACCGCAGGCAUCGCUAAGACCACCCAGCAAGGAUGAGGUGCUGUCUGUUGUCAUACAGAAGCUCACGGAAUUGGUAAAGAACAGCGAGCAGAAGCAGAAAGAUUACCCUGACCUGAGCAGUGAGGACGGGAGCGAAUAUGAACAGGGUACAGGAAAGAGCACAGAGGGUGGGAGAACUAGACUUCACCAGUGCCCCAACUGCCCUUGUCUCUUUGCUGUGGAUAAACACAGGAAAGGUCAGCUGUGCUCCUGCUGCAUGCGGGAGAGCCGAAGCACCAGUCCUGAGGAGAUCUUUGAAGAAGACAAUCCUGAGGCACACUGUCUUAAAGAUGGCCAGGAUCACGGAGGAAUAGCGUGUGAUGUAUGUAUAUUCAAGGCCACUACAUACCAUGAACUCCUCUAUCACCUUGCAACACACAAUGCCAAUAUCUUCCGCUGCAAGUUCUGCAACUUUGUCACCACACGGCAUCGUGCUAUCGAGAACCACCAGGGUGUCCAUGUGACAGAGAAGGUGAAGAAAUGUCUAUGUAAUAUAUGUGGGUACGAGACUAGUGACUUUAGCAGCCUUCAGGUGCAUAUAAAGAAAGAGCACCAGAACAUCAAAGAGAUUCUCCUGAAAUGUUCUGAAUGUGGAUACAGUACCGGAAGUGAGAGUAGCCUAAGAGAUCACAUGUGGAGCCAUGUCCAUCCGGACAAGGAUAUUCAGUCACCUGAACUCGAGAUUAGGAGACAAAAGUCAAAAUCCCCAGUAAGAUCUUAUACAGAGGAAACUAGGCAGUCAGGACCUGGGAGGAAGGAACCGAAGAAAAGUGUCCAGUCUACUGGUGAGCAGGAUUCAAACACCAAGUUGUUUAAGUGUCUGCUGUGUGGAUAUCUUUGUGAGAAACUGUCCACCCUGAAGGCGCAUGCCUGGAGACAUGCAGGACAGGAAGGGUGCUCAUAUCCUGUCAUGCACAAAGUACAGGACUCCAGUGAAGUAACUUCUGAGGAGAACUCCGCAAAUCACAAUAAGGAGACUGGUUUAAAUUAUGUGGAAGUAACAGAGGAGGUGGAAAUUACAAAAUACGUCAGAGACGGUCCAAAAAGAAAGCACACCAAAGACAAGCGUAAAUGCCAAUGCUUUCCCAUCAUGCUGCCAGAAGAGGAACAUGGCAUCGUACAGAAGGUGUUUGCAGAUGCCACCUCAGUAAAUCCUGAAGCGAAUGGCAAAGUGUCCACGACAACGAAUGCUUACCAAGAUAACUGUCCAGCUUCCUCAACUGUCAGUGUGAUUAAGAAGGCACCUGAUACAACAAAGGAUUGUUGUAAAAAGGCCCAACCUCUGUGUACCUCUGUGAUUAAUGAACAUUCAAUAGUCACUUGCCAUGACCAGGUUUCUGAGACCUCUGCCACUCUCUCUAUACCUCUUUCAGUGUGCUGUAGUGAUGUUGUGGUAGAAGAGGUAGUGAUCACAGCCAAUGAACAAUUCACCAUGAACCAAGAUGAUGUCAAUCCUGCAAAGCUUGGGCUUUGUGAUGAGACCAGAGACAAAGAAAAUGAACAAAAUUUGGCACUGGAAUCUGUUGAAUCAGAUGUGAAGGAAGAUAGUGUAGAAGAGAAGCAUGGUAGGAACCAGAAGAGAAAAAUACCCUGCAGUUCACCUGGUCAAGAUAAUAAAAAGGUUUGCACCCAGCCAGGUAUUAGUAAGAUGUUGCUAAGUGCUGUAGAUAAUGCAUUACAGGUGAGAGGAGACAUGGAGAAAGUUGUUCAGGACAGUUCAAGUAGUAGCCCUGGAAAAACCAAAGAAAGCAAUGAAAUUAACGUUGUCACUGCCACAUCUAUGCAGACUUCAGAAGACCAUUACCAAUGUCCAAUCUGCAAAGAGAUGUUCCCCUUAUCUGUCCAAACCCAUGUAUGCUCCCAGGGAUCAACGCCAAUCUUCAAGUGCCAUCGGUGCUCAGCCACCUUCUGGCAUCCUCAAAGGCUGCAGUACCACAUGGACACUCAUGAUGCUAUUCUGAAAUGCAGUGAUUGUCCCUUUAGUUGCAGCAGUGAAAUAGCACUCAGGGAUCACGUCAAGAAAGCCCAUCUUCCUGCCAAAUCCAGCAUAUGCCCAACUUGCCACAACGAGAUGAAAGACGAGUUGCCCAAAGACCAUGAGCAGACCUGUGUGCUGAAGUGCUGGUAUGGUUGCCGCGAGUGUGACUUUGUGACCGGCUCCUUGGGAGAUCUUCAGGCCCACGGUCGAGAAACCCAUCAGAAACCAUACAAAUGCGGGAUGUGCGACUAUUCCUCAGCAACCGCCAAUGGCAUCAAGAACCACAUGAAGUUCCACAAUGCAGACAAGCCUUACAAGUGUAACAAGUGUGACUUCAGCGGUGCCUACCCGCAGAGCCUCCGCUCCCACAUGAAGAAGCAUUCGACGAGCAGCCCAAGCAUGUCCAACGACCAGUACAAGUGCAAGUUCUGCCCCUAUGUCAGUGGACACCUCCCAUCGAUGAAAUCCCACAUGUGGCGCCACACCAGUCACCCAGGCUAUGAUUAUGAUGGACAGGACAUCAUCAAGAUGGUCCUCAAGGUCAAGGAUGGAGACUCUGAAGGUAAUGACCAAGAAGAAAAAAUAUCAGAGGAAAAACGUGAUGAAAGCCCUCGAAACGAUACGGCUGAAGAGAGGAAAGUUUCAGCAGUAAUUCCUUCCGCUGCUGUAUCCGAAAACCCCAAGGAUCCUCAGAAUUCCAAGCAAAUACAGUAUGGUUCUGUAAUCUUCCAGUGUUCUCAGUGUGGCUUUAAGAGUACUGAUCACACUUGCUUGGUAGAGCACUUGAGAGAACAUCUAGCAGGCACUGGCAACUCUGUGAAAAGUUAAUGAUUUUGUUUUCUUCUUGAUUUCUAAUUGAAAUUGGUAGUACAUUUACAGCAAUGUAAGAAGAAACUUGAUUGAGUGAUUUGUAUGUGUAUUUUAUAUUAUGAUUUAUUAUAAUUAUGUAUUCCUUUUUUGUUUUUCUUUGCUGAAUUAUAGUAGAUCAAUGCUGCAAACUAUUUUAGUGCCAUAUUCAAUCUGUAGAAAUAAGUUUAUCUUCUUCCUGUAGCAAGUUGUUCAUACAGAACUUUGUUUUCCUUAAAACGUUACAAUUCUUGACUUGAAAGUCAAAGUAUGCUUUCUUUUCAAGUCUAAAAUAUCAAUUUUUUCAGUCUUUAGAUUAUUGAUUAGAUUCUAACAAUAGUUUAAAUUGUUUUGUGUUGUUCAUUACUAUUCCUUUGCCAUAAAGAUCCAAGGAGAUUUUCCUUUGCAAA